UGUAAUCUAGGCAUAGACACAAAAAUCAAUGACGUUUCACACACGGAAGUGAAAGUUGGAUAGCUGAACUCACAUAAUAAUAAUAUUACAUUGUCUAGGUCUACACCAAAUCGAGUUGAAUAUAGCAAAUAGUAGUAGAUUAAUGCAUCGUUUACAUACAAUAUGCCACUUUAUGAAGGACUAAGCAUAGGAGAUGAACCCAAAGUUAUCGUAAUUGAUAUCGGGGUUGCAUAUACAAAAUGUGGCCUGGCAGGAGAAACUGGUCCUAGGUGUAUUAUACCUUCACAAUGUACCAAUGCUAGGACACAACAGGUCAAGAAGAUCUGGGAAUACACCACUACAGAGGAACUAUAUGAACUAUUAAAAGAGCUGCUGUAUACUUUGAUCUUUAGGUAUCUUCUUGUGACACCCAAAGACAGAAGAGUGGUUGUUGUUGAGUCACUACUAUGUACUUCUGACUUCCGAGAUACCCUUGCUAAAGUUCUGUUCAAGCAUUAUGAGGUUGGCUCUGUGCUCUUUGCUUCAAGCCAUCUUUUGUCCAUGCUGACACUGGGCGUCAAUGUGGGGCUGGUGGUAGAUGUCGGCUAUAAAGAAACAUUGGUCAUACCUGUUUAUGAAGGUAUCCCAAUAAUGAAGGGUUUACAGUCCAUUCCACUUGCAGGCAAAGCCAUCCACAGUCGCAUCAAGACACAACUAAUGGAACAUGGGACAAUCAGCACACCAGACCAACAGCAUCAGGCUGUUGCUAGUAUCCCAGAUUUAAUCACAGAGGAUUUAUUAGAAGAUAUUAAAGUGCGCUGCUGUUUUGUUACUGAGUACACACGUGGUCAGCAAAUACAGGAAGUCACCAUGCGUGGAGGACAUGCCAACAAGUUACCGCCACCUCCUCCGGAUACAGAUUAUCCUCUGGAUGGUGGAAAUGUUCUAAAUGUCAGUGGCCGUAUCAGGGAACAUUCUUGUGAAGUGUUGUUUGAACAAGACAAUGAAGAGACUUCUAUAGCAACACUUUUGUUAGAAUCAUUAAUCCUGUGUCCAAUAGACACCAGAAUAGAACUGGCCAACAAUGUACUGGUGACAGGGGGCACUGCUAUGCUGCCAGGAUUCUACCAUCGGCUGCAGUUGGAGCUGGCUAACCUCCUGAAGAAACCUGUGUAUUCAUCACAGCUAGGGAUAAAGCAGUUCAAAUUCCAUAAAGCUCCUGCUAAAGAAAAUUAUACGGCAUGGCUUGGAGGUGCUCUAAUAGGAGCUCUGGAAACUCUGCCCUCCAAGUCCCUGUCACGUGAUGUUUAUUUACAGAAAGACAAGCUGCCAGAUUGGUGCUGCAUUGAUUCUGAAUUCUUAAUGGAUGAAAAGUCCCACAAAUAAUGUGUAAAUAAAGUUAGGAUGCAUUUGUAGUUUUUUUUUACUUUUUGGGCUUUGGGUAGUAGAAGCAAAUCCCUUUUCUUGCUAAUAAUUUAACGUUUAAUAUCAGUAAUGGGCCUGAAUUGAGAUAAUUUAACUUAUUACUUGUGUUAAAAAUGCUGGAGAAUAUUACUGCUUAAACUAUAAUAUUAAGCACUUUAGUCACAUGGGAGUGUCACUGUGAGAAUGAAAUUUGAAUGUCACACAGACACUCUUCUUUUUGAGAAAUAGCCCUGAUAAUUGUUAUGUAUGUCUGCUAACAUUUAGAAUUAUAUUUUUGCAAGG